AUGGGUGCCAGGAGGAUCCAGAGAGCGAUGAAGGCGCAAAUUGCGCCGCCGAAAGCGGCGGUAGAGGCCAGGACGUGCGCGUGGGCCGGUCGGGCCACGUCCCGGGGCGAGCGAUCGAGGGCCGCGGGGCUCGCCCCGCCGGCCGAGCGGUGCGAACGGCCGGGAUAUAAGCUGAACAGGGAUCCCGCCGUUGCAACUGCCAUGUCACGGCCGGUCGGCUGCAGCUCUCGCCUCGCUGGCGGCGCGGUCUGGUGCCGCGGCGCCCAGCUCUCCUGUGGGCUCGCGGCGGCUCGCCGCCGCGGUGCCGAACAAUGUGAUCAGUCUGGAUUCGUCCCGGCGUGCCGCCGGUGCCGCUUCCUCGCCAAUUUUUGGCUCGACCAGUUUGUCGACAAAACUGUGCCAGAGCCCCUGCUGCUCGACUGA